AUGCGCCGAGUGGAAUUUCUUCUUAUUCUUCUUGCCUCUCUUUGCGCUGUGAGAGCGAUUCCUCUACAUCCUCGAGAUAUAUCAAAUCCUCUAGAUUCUCUAAAAAGCGUCGCCAGCGAGCUGCUUGGCUUCACGACAGCGUUAUCUGCGAUAGAGUCGGCCAAGCAAACACAAACAAACCCUUCCGCUUCCUCAACGCCUUCAGGACGGUCAACGGCAGCCUCUGGCCAAGCAAGCACCGCUCAGAGCAAUCUCGUAUCUUCAAAUGCACCUUUGAGCACGACAAACAAGGGUACAGGAAGCAUAACAGUCUCCGCCACUGGCAGCCAGCUGUCCACAGGAGGUGUCUCACCUACGACCCCGUCUUCGAACUCUGCCAUCCUCAGCGCAACAACGACAGCGCCCACGGGUCUCCUUGCUACUUCGCCAGGCUCAACCGGUGAUCCUAUUGGCGUAAUUCCCACAACUACCGAAAGCAUUGGAUCAUCACGCACUAGCACAAGCUCUGGUCCUGGCUCAAGUUCAGGAUCGGGAUCAGGAGGAGGUCCAGGGUCAGGUUCAACGUCAGCCGAUUCAGCAGGUGAGACAGGUCUGUCACCAGGAGAGAUUGCCGCGGCAGUCAUUCUCCCGGUCCUGGCGGUGGCCGCCAUUCUGUUUCUUCUCUUCCGCUUCUGCAAACCCGUCCGUGAAAGGUACUCGGCCUGGCGCCAGGAAAGACUUGAGCGAUCUGCGUACCGACGUGCGCUUGACGACCCUGUUCUUGCCUUCGGCAUGCGUCAACAAAACGGGCGGGGUCUGGAUGGUCUGGGUAUGGGUGAGGUGGAGCAGUUGGUGCGUCCCUUGUCAUUUGGAUUCCGCAAUCCCUCAAGACAAUUUCCUAGCAUCAGAAGGAAACCGUUGGACUGGGACGCAGCGCGGAUAGGGGGUCAGGGAGCCUCAUCAAUCGGAAUGGCGAUACCAAUGCCCGUCGGACAGCAUGCCAGAAAUCUCAGUGAAAUAUCAGAGGCAAGCGACUCAUCCGGCGAUGCUGAGGCAAGAUACCAGGAUGCCCGGUCGAACCAGGUAUCGCCGGAGGGGAUGGUCUCAUGA